GAUCUGCGAGCUAGUUACAGGCGACUCGAAGGGAGAGGAAGCGCAAGAUCUAUGGGCAACUCGUGUGCUACUGGUGGCAAUUCUGUUUUGCUAGAAACCCACGAACCGGAUUUCAAAUGGAAGAUUCAUGGCUUCUCAGCUCAUCUCUUGAAGGGAGCUAUAUCAUCCUACUCUUCGUGGUUUGAUUGCUGUGGAUACAAGUGGUACUUGGUAGUGAAUCCAAGCCAUAAAAAAGUAGGUGCUGGAACUCCACAGGUUGCUGUUUGUCUUGGGCUAGUGCGAACCGGUUUGAAGCCAGAUCACUUCAUCAGUGCAGUGUUCGAGUUGUCAAUGUACAACCACUCAAAUGGAACAUAUUGUGGACGCAAAGCUAGCGAUUUCUUCGAUGUCAAGAAGGCUCGGUCGGACAGGAAAUGCUUGAUUCCUCUCGCAGAACUCCUGAACUCGUCUGAGUUUCUGGUUGAUGACAGCUGCAUAUUUGGUGUGAAGAUACUGGCUGCAAAUUUCCAUUCUCUUAAAAUGAAGCAUACUCCUCUUGUGCAUCAAAACAGGACUACCACAACUCAGAACCUUUUCCUCCGGAAGGAGGGGUUCAUCAAAGGGACCUACACCUGGAGCAUGACUGAUUUCCUUGACCUGGCGUUGAAGCCGUCAGUCCUUUCACCUGUGUUCGAAGUAGGUGGAUAUAAAUGGAACAUCAAGAUGUAUCCGCGUGGCAACGAGUGCAGCACCAGAUCCAUGUCCUUGUACUUACACCUGCAUUCCCCGGAUGAGCUCCCUCGUGAGUCUGGGAGGAUGAUUGAACUCACACUAACCAUCCUGAACCAAAAGUAUAUAGGGGAACGUUACAGUUACAAACGUCAAGGCAGGCUCGUGUUCGUUGGUAUGAAUGUCUGGGGAUGGUCCAACUUUAUCCCGCGCAAAACUCUCAAAAGCAAGUCCGGUGGCUAUCUUGUUGGAUCGAACUGCAUCGUCAAGGCAGACAUCUCCAUCAUUGGGUCAUCAAGUGAGAGUUUAGCCAGUGUGGCCUGAUCAAGAAGCGAUGCCCUUGCAUCUUAAUUAGACUGGUAUCUGAGUGUGUGUUAAGGUAGCAGUACUAAGAACCCAGCUUUUGAUGAACUUGUUAUGGUAGUAAGGAUGAUCUGACCAUUGCCUCACUGGGAUUGAGGAAACUAGAAUAACGGUUGGCAUG